AUGAAGCCAAUCCCAUCAGGCAAAGAACCACGCCUUUCUAGCCCUCUCGGCGGGCCCCAUCGGCUCUUCGACGACUCGUUCAUUAUUGAAUUCUUACAGCCAGCCGUAGAGCUCGAUGCGACGGUCCUGAUGCGGGCAACAUAUGUCGGAGACCAUCCCUCCAUGCAGCUGGGGAAAAAGCACCCUCAGGUUCCACCGAUGCAUCUUCACUUCAUGCAGUCCGAAUCCUUCAUCGUCGAAACCGGAGCUAUCGGCACGACAACCACAUACAGCCUCAUCGACACAAUCCACACGAGUAGCGCAAAUUAUCCACAGAACAAGGUCCCGGCGAGGCUGUCACCACCCCUUCCUGUCCGUAGUGACCAGGGCGUUACGGAAAUCACCCCGUGGACGCCACAUCAAUUCUGGCCAGUAUCGCCAAGCCACCCAUUUUGGUUGACUGCGGAGGGCAAAUCUCAGGAAGCCUCGUCCCCUCAGGGUCGGCGCACUGAUACCAACCUCCUCAUCUGGGGACACCCUCGAACCCAUGACAAUCCGCCAGUGGGCGGUCUCAGCACCGCCUUUCCGCCAGAUCUAGACGCGGCGUGGUUCGUGGCACUCUUGUCGCUCGUUGACGCCGUGCAUGGGCAGCGCUUGACGAUGAGUCCUGGACUCGGGGCUGUGCUGAUGGCAUUACAGACUGCGAGUGGUGCGUCGCUGAUUAUAGCGCCAAAGGCAUGGUGGCUUGGCCCAUUGAGGUGGGCGAUCCCUUGGUCGGCGCAGGUGGUUUUUGAGCGCGCGCGAAAAUUGUUCCGAGGGAAAAGUGUGGUGCAGCUUGUGGAGGAGGUUAUCGAGCGGGAGGUUGUGAGGCGGAAGUGA